AACAUGUUUAUUAAAGAAAUAGUAGAGUAUUUCUUAUCUUUUAAUUUAACUGUUAACCUGCAACGGGAAAAUAUUAACCUUGCUUAUUAUGAAUGUGAAAAUAUGACACAGAGAUUUAAAAAUAUUUCACAAGCUAUCCAACUGGAAUGUAUUGUAAUAAUUAUAAAAAUGCUAAUUGAAAGAUUAAAAUACUCUCACAAUAUUUCAUUUAAGAAAAAUCGUAAUUUACAAAAGUUUUUUAAUUCUGUGGCACACUUAUCUUCUGAUAUUGAAUGGCUAAUUUCUCCUCUAAAAAAUAUUAUGGAUGGUAUUGAUAAAAAUUAUGAACAUAUAAAGCUUAAUUAA